GUCACCCACUCCUAGCAACCAGCAUGGCGACGGGGAAGCUUUUCUUUGGUCCCCCAGCUGCUCUAAGGUCGCCACUAUUCAUCUGAUUUCAUCGAAGCACGUCGUUAAAAUGUUAACAGUAAAACUCAACGAAGUUUGUUGGUGUAUUGGGACUCCCUCGUCGCGGUUUGUGACUAAUUCUGGACAAAAUGGGAUACGUUGAAAGUAUUGGCAUGGAGUCGAGAAGAAGGAGUGUGUUAUCUGGCCCUGGCUCCAGCCUUGAUAUUAGAGGACAAACCUUGAAAAGUAGCCCGUUUUGUCCUUGCACCUCUAACAAAGGGGACCAAUCUCUAAUUAAAGCGCACAUGAUGUCUCACUACAAAAGGAUUUAUUCAGCGAAAGCUGUCAUUGACACCACAGCACCCAAAAGCCUUACACUUAAUGUGAAGUAUAAUGACCGGAUGAGGCAGGAGCGAUUGAAGAAAGGGGGUCGUCCCCAGUCAGCACAGUCGCUCUUACACAUAAACAGUAGAGCAUCGUGCUCCUCGGCCCAGAGCCGCUGUUCUGUGCAAUCUGAAGGCCGUCCCUACCUCUGCUCUAGAAGCUCCAUGGUCUCUAGCCCCAGGUUUAGCCACUCCUUUUACCCCAAGGAUCUCCCCUCUCCACCAUUCAAAGCCGCCUCUCAGAACCUACCCUGCCGUCCCUAUUCCGCUACCGAACUCAAGCACAGGAGCCAAGAGCUGAAUACACACCGGCACCCAUCGGCGUUUUCCCUGUACACCUCUGGGAAUCACAGCUUCUUUAAGUCAUUCCAGGAUCCUGCAAAGAAGACGUACAGUGGAGACUUGCUCCAGAAACAUUCACAGCGCUUCACCCAAGACAAACCCUUCACACCUAAGACACUGAAGUCGGAAAGGGGAUCAUAUCUGUCCAAUUACCGAUACUACAGGGCUCCGCGCAGUAAUGUGGCGCCAACUCAGGAGUCCGACGACUCGACGAGACUGAAGCAUCAUAACCACACAAAAACCGGGGGGCACACACAGGAGUGUGAGCCACAUCAGGGCAAAGAGCACCAGUGGUCUGAAGACGAGUACAAUGGCACAUAUUCAAUAGCAUCAAGGCAACAAGCAAACAAGAACCGAGAGGUCCCGCUAGAGGGUGAAAGGAAAGGAUCACCAGUUAUGAAGAAUAUAAGUGCAGAGGAUGAAGAAUUAAUGUACCUCGAGUUUAUUUCCGAUGUGACAGAAGACAUCCUGUCCAGAGGCUUCAUCUCCAACAGGGUUCUUGAUCGCGUGAUUCAGCGGCACAUUGAUAUGAAUCUGCAUCGUCUCGACGAAGCUAAAAUGCGCCACCUUUUGGACAUCCUGCGCAACAACCUCGACGAGCCCUCUACCCUGUCCUCCUACAGUGAAGAGCUUGGGAGAAAAGACGCAUCUUCCCUACUCGAUUCCCUGCUGGCGUCUGAUCAGACGAAAACCGAAGACAACCACUUUUCUUGUGAGUUGCCAAGAAAAUACAGCGACUGUCCAGAAUGUCCCGAGCCCAUCCUCAGCUCCACACCACAGUGGUCUCCAAAAAUAAGCUCUCCAUUUGCAAGUGAGGGGGAUGAGAACUCCAGCGGGGACGUUUCCAAUAAUGCAGACAGGAAGGACGAUGAGGACCAGCACAAAGAAAAAACUGACGGUAGCAGUGAACCAGAUGUUGAAGGACAAUUUGAAGAUCUUGAAGACCUGGGAAGGCAAUUCUCAGAGUCUCUGCAAGUCAAUGAAAACAAUAUGGAUAUUAAUGCUAUGGCUUCGGUCAACGAUGACUUCUGAAUUUGAUGUAUUAUUCAGACAUUGUGUUCUUUUGUUACCAACAGUUUGUAGCUUAAGGGAGAAACACGGUUACCUUGUUGAAAAUGUAUAGUUUUGUUAAUGUAAUGCGUUGUAGACUGGCUGUUUUUAUCUUCCUAGUGUUUUGUAAAUAGGUGUGAAUGCGAGUGUGCUUGAAGUCAGAUGAGAUAGGUUCCAGUUUACCUUGACCUGAAUUCAGACAGAAAAAAGGGAUGGUCUUAUAAUAUAUUAUCAUAUUCUUGUUGCUGUGUUUUGUCUUUAAAGUGUUUUGUUUUGACAUACACUACUGUACUACGAAACAAUUUGGGAUGUUUGGUUUUCAGGUGAAAAUUCAGCAUUUUUGCUUUUCAGCUCCUUGUUAAGAAAACAGCAAGAUGUGCAAAAAGUACUGAAACAUUGUACAGUUGGAUGUGUGUAUUAAAACUUUUUCAGAAGUUUGAAUUCAGCUCA